AUGCCUGGACAACAGUUCCUGGGGUCUGAUACUCUCACAGCUUUGGAUUCAGCUGCUGUCACCUCCCCUUGCCAGUGGCUGCAGCGAGAGAGUUUGGCGCGAUGUCUCACCAUUUUGCUGGUACAGCCUACCAAGAGGCCAGAAGGCAGAACUUAUGCUGACUAUGAAUCUGUGAAUGAAUGCAUGGAAGGUGUUUGUAAAAUGUAUGAAGAACAUCUGAAGAGAAUGAAUCCCAACAGCCCCUCUAUCACAUAUGAUAUCAGUCAGUUCGAUUUUAUUGACGAUCUGGCAGACCUUAGCUGCCUUGUUUACCGAGCUGAUACCCAGACAUGCCAGCCCUAUAACAAAGACUGGAUUAAAGAGAAGAUCUACGUGUUCCUUCGUCGGCAGGCCCAACAGGCCAGGAAAUAG